CAGCUGUUUAGCUUGGUAAUUACGUGAGCCUUAAUUUGUUGAAUAAAAAUCUGGUUUAAAAAUGAAUCAAGCCGACGUUAGCAAGUUAAUAUCACAAUUGCGAAUUGCAGUGCGGCCUAACAAACGUCAUUUAAAAAACGUGGAUGGCCCAGAAGGCCGCUUGCUUAAGCUACGGAAAACUGUCACGGCGCUGGUGAAACACGAACGCAUUGAAUUGUUUUACAAUCGAGCAGAUGAGGCACGUGGGUAUGCAGAGCUGCUCAUUUCAAAUGCCAUACGGUAUGGCGACCGACACAAAGCGACUAUGGAUCUUGCGGACUAUUGGCUGUUGGAGAAGCAACUAGUACAUAAACUAUUUAAGGUGUUAGUACCACGAUUUGAAAACUCUAACUUAUCCUACACACGCAUGUUGAAAGCGCCGCGGGAAUAUCCUGGAAUGUACUAUACAAAAUCUGUGCUAGAGCUCCGUGGGAAUCCCUUCCCAGUGCUAACGCCAGAUAACAGUCAGAAUCGCAAUCUAUUACACAAUGUUCUACUGGAUGAAGCACGUAAGGAAUUUAGACGAGAAAAGCUGGCAAAUAUGGCUAACAAACUUGCUGCUGAGAUUGCAACGCCUCCAUCACCCAUACAAGGGUCCACGACCGAAAACCAGCCACAAAAUAUUGAAGGUGCGCCAAAAGUAUAGUAUUUUUUGUAAAUCGUUGAUAGUAAUGCAUUUUCUAAGCUUGAUUUUGACAUAAUGAGAUGUUAAUCGGGUGGGCUCAAAUCACAUAUAUAUAUAUAUAUACUUACCUGGUGUUUCUCUUAAGCAAGAUGCUCCCAAAUCAAGCUAGUACAGAUUCAAACAGAUAGUGACAUGUUUAUGGUAAAUGUAUAUAUAUAUAUAUAUACACAAAUGUCAUUUCAUAAUUAGAUCCAAGCCGCCAAAUUAAAAAAAGAUGUUGUAGCCAAUGCGUUUGGUAAAUGUA